AUGGCCGCCAAGACAGCCGUCGCUACGUUCGCCGCUGGCUGCUUCUGGGGCGUCCAGCUCCACUUUCAACGCAUGCAAGGCGUCGUGGGCACAAGCGUCGGCUACACCAACGGACACGUGUCCAACCCAACGUACGAGCAGGUGUGCGCGGGCACGACGGGCCACGCCGAGGCCAUUCGCAUCCAGUUUGACCCGAGCGUCGUGUCGUACGACGAGCUCCUCAACAAGUUUUGGUCAAUCCACGACCCAACGACGCGCAACCGACAAAAGCUCGACUUUGGCACGCAGUACCGGUCCGGGAUUUACUACCACUCGGACGCCCAGCGCGCGGCCGCCGAGGCCUCCAAAGCUGCUCAUGUCGUUCCGUGGAGCCUUCUCGGGGUCUUUUUUGGCAACAAGAUCGUCACCGAGAUCGAGCCCGCGGGCACGUUCUACCCUGCCGAAGAGUACCACCAGCGAUACCUUGAAAAAGGCGGGCAGUGCGCACGUGUCGGUGCGACCGACGACGUCCGAUGCUAUGGCUAA